GCGGCCUCAACAUCUCCCUGGACCUCCGCCUCACCUCCCUCACCUCACCUCACCUUAAUUUGUACUUCAUGUCAUCCUUGUAAUCAUCGUCAUUGCUACACCUGUGCCUCACCUCACCUCACCUCACCCCUGCACACCUUUCGAUUCCUCCUCUCCCCGCCACCUGUCACCUGCUCGGUCUCAACUGUAAUUAAUAAGGUAUAGUUGCGAGUGACGUCAUUAUUACAUCAUCGCCAGGCGCCAGGACUUUAAAUCUCAACUGCGAUCAUGCGUUUGUGGGCAUUAAUAGCCGUGACAAUGAUGCUAUUUCUGGGCGUGACAAGAGGAGAGGCUUCUGACCAGCCCCUCCCCUUCUCCUUCAACCCUCCAACACCCUCCAUAGACGCCGAGGGAGGGGAGGAAGGACAGCUAUCGGCCCUGAAGGAUACCCAAGUGGAGGUGAAGGAUGGAGAUGAAGGAGAGAAGGAUAAGGUGGAGGGGAGACUGCUGGGGCUCCUAGGAGGUGGAGGAGGCUAUGGUGGUGGCUACGGAGGCCUUAGCAAGUCCACCAAAGUCUACAGCCUCCUCGCCCUUAUCGCCUUCUCCGCCUUCAUCGCCUAUUGCAUCUACUUCUUCAUAACCAGCACGGAGGAGGCAAGAAGCGGAGAUCUGUACAGCGACCAGGCCAUACUACAGGGCAUCCUAAGCGGUGUUGAAGCCGCUAUAAGGAAGUUCACGACGCUGCAGGGAAAGGGAUCUGGUAGCUUCUUGGAGUUUUGAGGAGAUGGUGUGUGUUAAAGGGGGGGAGGGGGUGAAGUGUGUGUGUGUUUG